AUGUCGUUAACACUAAAGCUCUCUUCCUUGGCAAUUAGGACAUUGUCCAAGCCUAUUGCUAGUCAAAUCAAAGGCCAAGCCCGCGAACAUGAGCGAUUCCGCAAGAUCUGCGUCUCAAUGGCGCAGGCCCUCCACCGAUUUGAUAUGCGCCUCCGAUUAGGUUCCAUUCGAGACACUGCAGCUUCACAAAAACAAGCUGCGGCCGAAGCUGCAGCGAGGAAACUCAAGCCAACUUCGCCGACCGUCAAGAACGCCGCAGAAACCAAGGCUGUGGAGGACGCGGAAGCCAAAGCCAAAGCUGCCGCCGAAGAAGCAGCAAAACCUCAGCACUAUCGUAUUCGGCCACUCUCCGAAUCGAAAGCGAUCGAGUCCGGUGCCAAUUUUAUAUCCGAAUCCUUCCUUUUCCUUGUUGCAGGAGGCCUAAUUCUUUUCGAGUCAUGGCGCUCACGGCAAAAGGAAAGCACACGGCGAUCAGAUGUCGAAGACCGAUUGGUGGCACUGGAACAAUCGGAGCAAGCAGCACGCGGGGCUCUGGUCGCUCUUGAAAAGGAGUUGCUUCAGCUCCGAGCGAAGCACGGCGAGCUACCCAAGCUAGCGACGAACAGAAUUCUAUCGAAGGAGAUCUAUGAACAAGCACCAGAAGUGGAAACACCGGAGGUGCCCCAAGGGUGGCUCUCACGCAUUGCUUCUUAUGUUAGUUUUAGCCAGAGCGCUGAACCGACUGAAUCUCCGGGUGUACCAGAUGGCGAACCUGUAUCGGAUAAGACCGCAUCGUCGACGGAUACAUCGAAACCUGCUGCCGCCGAGAAGGUAUCGGUCCCUACGCCAAAGAGUACGUGA